AUGAGUCAAGAAGACUACAUGCAAGAAAUCUGGUGGCGGUUGAAAUAUGACUGGGAGAUUGCUGAGGCCAUAGGAGACAAGCUCACCGACUUUGCCAACGACCCCAACAUCCAAACCCUCAGGAACAGUCCACAUUGGGACGGGCUGGUGCAGCGACAAUCGCGCCUCGUGCUGUUGCUGACACAGCUCCUUUUAGCAAAGGGCGAAACCAAGCUUUCCGUUCUAGAGAUCCUCAGUCGUCACGGUGAUGGACUGGGGAAGUCCAUCUUGGAGCUGGUCGUGGACCGAGAAAGAGAGAAGCAUGCCGCGGAGGGUGUACGGCCCAGUCGACCAUCUUUUCAAGGAGGUCAGGCUGGCCCUAGACGGGCGGUUGUCCCUAAUAGCCAACAAGCAAAAGCAAUUCCGAGUCAACAACGCCUUUGGCCAACCUAUCCGCCAGGACCCAGCACUCUCUUUCCCCAAGGUCAACAGCCAGGCGCAGGCCAAUCACCCCUGCAGAGCUGGCAGCCAGGUGCCGUUCUGACCUCGAUCCCGGCCCCUCCAGCCCAACUUACAUUCCCGAGCCAGCAGCCAGGGCCGAGUCAUCUACCUGGGCCAUAUCAGGGCUAUCAAGCACCCGCACCCGCACUUCCGCCCUGGAUAGAGCCGCCGCAGCCGCAGCAACCAGAACAACCAUUCGAUUGGAACACUUUCGACAGUCCAGCAGAACUCGUGGCCUACAUGAAGAGGCGACACCCCGGAUGGUCACCAAUAGUCUCACCAUCACCAGCGCCAGCGCACAGCGAAGCCGAAGCCCAGGAACAGGAACAGGCACAGGUCCUGUCGGCACGCAAGUACGAUACACUGCCACCGCCGAUCAUCCCUCCACCUCCACCUCCGCCUCCACCGCUUCAACCCGGUGGCUACCGAGCGAUCCAACCACGGCCCCCUCAAGACGUCAUAGACGCUGCUACGAUCGCCUCGCAGGCUGCGGGAGAUCCAACCUCCUCCGGGGCUCGGGCUCAGAGCCAGGGCCAGGCCCAGCACCUAGGAUCCGUCCACCCUCCGAUGAGACAUGGGAAACAGCCCGAGUCCGCGACGAAACGACAAUCCCAAUCCCAAUCUGCCGUCCAGCCAUCGAGCGACGACCCGCCUGUGAAAGGAGCGAAGCGUCUUCCUAGAGGGAGGAAAGGUUAG